AUCGGUUUUGUUUUCAUCACAUUGUUCAUAUUCGUAUUUUCCUUUUGAAAGGUGCAGAGUACAAGUUAAAUUUUAAAUUAAUUUUAGAUAUAACUAUUACAUUUAUAUUCUUAUGGUUGAAAUGGUUGAAAGAAACGUUUACGUUCCUCGAGUUAAUCAGAUUGAUGCCAUUCAUUUAAAUAAGGAUAUCACACGAUUAAUACGUGAUAAUUUACUUGAAAACUUACAAGCUAUUUCACCCGCAUUGUUUGCGAAGAUACAACCGGAAUUGGACUUAUUUGUACAGUCGGCAAUUUGGUUCGGAUCGAUUGGUAAGCAAGGCUCAACGUUUGGUCAACAAUUGCUUGUCCUUUCCUAUGAUUCAGAACGUCUAACUUUAUCCCGAUUGUGUCUUCAUUUUGCAUUAACGAUAAUUCCAAGAUAUUUAAAGAAUUUGGACGAACGUCGUUUGACUAUACAUUCUGAAUGGUUACACAAAGCAAUCGAGUGGGGAGAAAAUACGGCUCUUUUAUUGUCGGUCUUAAAUUUCUUUCGCUUCUUAAAAACAGGUCGCAAACCGACUGUAGUAGACUUUUUACUUGGUUUAGAUUAUAUAAGUUUGCGACACAACCAAAGGCGGGAUAUAGGCUACAAGUAUCUCACACGUGAAUUACUGUGGGGAGGUUUCAUGGAAAUAUUGGGACUUCUGCUGCCAGUAAUUAAUUUUAGAAAAAUUAUGCGGUUUCUAAACCGUACUUUGAAGAGUGUUAAUGUCAAUACAACAGAGAACAGACGUAAGGCUAGUGAUGAUAAAGUCAUUUUACAUUCGAAUACUAUAUGCGCCUACUGUGAAGAAAGACCAACGAUACCACAUCACAUGAGUUGUGGUCAUAUCUACUGCUAUUAUUGUUUGUCAGCCAACAUUUCUACUGAUGCUAGUUUCAAUUGUACGAAAUGUGGCGCAAGUUCUACGAAUGAUAUACAAGCACUUUAGCCGAAUUUAUUUUAAAUACAAUAAAUGUAUAACGUAAAGUAAUCACAUUACUGAUAUCAGACAAAAUGUUAAAAUUGUAUAUAGAUUUAUACGGGUAACGUUGAUUAGAAAUAUUUAUUAAGUUAAACUCUUGAGAGCCUAUUUCGUUUUUGUCAUCUAGAAGCAAUAAAAAAUUACACUCUUAAUUAAA